CAUCAGAAGCUCCAUUUUCGUUCGUCAAAGAUGAUCCUGACAUUACUGUAGCGUUUUUUUUAUGUCACAAAACAAAAUUCCUUUUUUUGUUCAAAUAUGGAGAGCUGUAGCUUUAUAUAUGGGGCUUCCAAUUUCUACUCCUCACUCUCCCCUUCCUCUCCAAUGCCUUUUCUCGGCAUGAGAAAUCUCUCCAUAGCCCACAAAAAUGCCGCACCGGAAAACUGGGGCUCCGACUCCGGCGCCGAUCAUCUCAUCGAUCUCAACGCCGCCGUUGAAUCCGACGAUCAUGACUCCUCCGACAUGCAUUCCCACGGCGGCGGCAAGGCCAAGCUCUGCGCUAGAGGCCAUUGGCGCCCCGCCGAGGACACCAAACUGAAGGAGCUCGUCGCCCUCUACGGCCCCCAAAAUUGGAAUCUCAUCGCCGAGAAAUUGGAAGGAAGAUCUGGGAAAAGCUGCAGGCUGCGGUGGUUCAACCAGCUGGACCCGAGGAUAAACAGGCGGGCGUUCACGGAGGAGGAGGAGGAGAGGCUGAUGGCGGCGCACCGGUUGUACGGAAACAAAUGGGCGAUGAUUGCGCGCUUGUUUCCGGGGAGAACCGACAACGCCGUGAAGAAUCAUUGGCAUGUUAUCAUGGCUAGGAAAUACAGAGAGCAAUCCACCGCCCACCGCCGCCGCAAAAUGGGACAAUUAGUCUUCAAAAGGGUCGACGACGACGACCUCCCCUUCCCUCCCGCCUAUUGGGCCCCACAAUCGUCUCUUGCUUUCUUUCAAGGCGGUGAGGGGAUGCAGAGGACAGACGAAUUGGAGGACGGGAAUGUGUACUUCCAAGUGUCACAGGCGGCGGAGAGAGAGAGGGAGGCGGCGUUUAUAGACUUUCUUGGUGUUGGGGGUUUGUGAGACCAUACAGUUUGUCACUUGUUCACUUGGUUUUUGGAUGAAACAUCAUUUUCUUCAGAUGUUCAAAUACCUCUCUCUCUCUCUCUCUCUCUAUAUUACUAUUGCCUUCUCUCUCUAUAAAUUUAACAAGUUUGGGCUUCAUUUAAGAUUGCUGUGUUGGCAUGAGCUUCCACGAACCAUUACUACUGUAGUUCAAUGCGCUUUUAUGGAUU